UGUAUAUGUUCUUAGCAACUAGCAAGGAAGUAAUAUUUCAGUAAUAAUAAAAUAAUGGAGUAUUACAAGAGGGAGGAAUGUCUAUAAUCUUCACAUAUAUGCUCUCCUCUCUCUCUCUCUCUCUCUCUCUCUCUCUCUCUCUCUCAACACAUUCUCCCCUUCCCUACUUCUUCACCUCCUCUCUCAUCAAGCCUCAACCUUGUGCCACAAACUCACCUCUACUGCCAUGAAUGAGCACUACAAAGAAGACAAGCCAUACUGCCAUUUCCAUCCCAAAGAAGAAACCAUAGGGGUAUGCCACUUGUGCUUGAAUGAGAGGCUACUCAUCUUGGCUGCAGACCAAGCUCUCUCCCUCCGGCCCGAAUUCUCACUCAUCAACAAGCACAAGAAGAAGCCACCAAUAACCCUGCCUAAGAUUUUUGCCUUGGGUUCCCUUCUCCAUAGGUUUGAGUUUCAACACAAUAAGGCAGAAGAAUCCCAUGACUGUCAACAGAGUGAUGCCUCUGCAGCUAGCCUAGAAGACUCUUUCAUAUCAAUCAAAUUUGAAGACAAUGGGGUUGCCUCAUGGGAGAAAAGCAAAGUCUCUAAAGUCUCUCUAGAUCACUGCAGCAUCGGUUGGAAUCAGAGCCUGUACAAGGAGACCGAUAAGAGCGUGGUAGAGCAUGUGAAACCGCACGGUUCGCUCAGGUGGCGGAAGCGGAUUGGCCACGUGUUCCAGCUCAGCAGAUGGAGGAGGUACAGCAGCCACGUGGGCAGCAAGCUGGAGGGGGUGAAAGUGAGAAGUGGGUGGAUAAGGGCUCUGACAAAGAGGAGGACCAAAGAAUAAAGGGGUUGCCUAGAAAGAGCCACUUUAACGGGGGCGUGCUAUUUAUCAUCCGGACUGUCCGUCUCUGCAAUCGGUGGUCCGGAUUUUAAAACAAAAUUCUUCUCAGGAUCCGAAUCAUCUAAAACACUUUUAAACGGCUGAAAUUACACAGGACUGUGUACAACACCGCCCCAUUCCUUUUUUUAAGUAGCUUUUUUUCCACCACUCCAUUUGUUCAAUGUGAAUGUAUAGUAUUGUAUUAUUGGUCUAGUAGGAAACAAGUUCUGUCCUGGCCAAAAUGUGCACUUUUGAACUGGUGUCAAUAAUUCUAAAGAAUGGCCAUGAGAAAGAGCCCAAAUGUAUUCCUGUCUCUAAUGGGACUCCUUGUCGAUAGAAUCGUCCGGGACAAUUUAUAAGCACCUGAAUUAAUUCUAGGGGCGAAAAGAGUUUAUAACGA